AUGGCAAACAACAGAGGAACCAACGACACGAUCCCAGGUUUCGAACUUAUUGCUCCAUCAAUAUGGGAGCUUGAUCCGAGAUCCGCACCUGUCUUUCCACGUUUCUCGUCGAACGACCUUACAGCACCGUCACUCAUCCUGCUGUGCACUUGGACAGGAGCCCAAAAUCGAUACAUCGCCAAAUAUACAGCAGAGUACCGAGCCCUCUUUCCAUCGACACGUAUCAUGGUCAUCACUACCUCUGCAAAAGAUCUCUGCUUCAGGAACUCGGCACGCAAACAGUGGCGCAUGAGACCGGCCAUAGAAUGCAUUUCUAACUACCAAUAUCUGCCCGAGCAAACACCAGGAGCUGGUAUCCUACUACACGUUUUCUCCGAAGGUGGAAGUAACAAGGCCUGUGAGCUAGCAGAAGCUCACUAUAGGUUCACCGGAAUGCGACUUCCCGUUUCGGCCAUAUGUUUAGACAGCACACCGGGUCAUCCACGAUACCUACGAUUAUGCGAAGCGCUCAACAAGUCACUGCCACAAAUCCCAGUCUUACGGCAUAUCGCUAUAUUAUUCGCCAGUCUAGUUUUGGGCUGUAUAUGGAUGUUAUACAUCGGUAUCAAAGGAUUCGAGAACAACGUCAUCAGCCGGACUCGACGACGAAUUAUCGACCCUACCUACUUUGAUCCCUCAGCGCCACGUUGUUACCUGUACUCGAAGAGUGAUACGCUGAUCGCGUGGCAAGAUGUAUCCGAACACGUGGAAGAAACCGAGACCGCUGGUAUACCCGUUAUAGACAUUCCAUUUGAGACUAGUGAGCACGUUGGGCAUGCGAAGGAAGACCCGCAGCGAUAUUGGGAUGCAGUCAUGACGACGUGGCAACAAGCACAAAUCAGGGAGAAGCACACACCCCAUCUCACAUUUUCUGAGACGGGUUGUGUGGUUUUGGACCUGCCAAAGUUUCCGGAAUUCUCGGAAAGGGAGUGGAAAGAUACCGACUCGUUGCGCAAUUUUUUAGAAGUUAUGCGGUGGUAA